AUGUCUAUCGCAAUGCGAGUUCGGCUACUACGCCUCUUCAGGUCGGUAAUUGGCAACUUCGCCUUCGGCGUGGAUGUGACUGGUCUCCAGACCUUCAGCCCUUUCGCAACCAUGUCGACAUGGGGCUGGCAUAAUUUCAGUUUACCAAUGAUCCCAAACCAGACAUCUGUGGAAGACUUCACCGGCUUGGACUGGUGGUCUCAUGGACGGCUUGUGAACUACGACCAGCCUAACCCCGCAGAGGCUGACAUAUCAAACUGGCUAAUCCAGAAUCUUCAGCGAUUGAAUCUGGGCAACAUUGGCUUUUGCUUUAAUUGUGUUGGUGUCACCGAGGGCGAUCUAGAGGAGAAGAGCCAGGUUCUUGACCUAUGGAGCGGCGUGAUCACUUCAACUUUUCUUUACAACAGUAGCCAAAUUCGUGUUGAGGUAUCAGCCGCAAUGGACUUUGAAACCAUCAUGAUCAAUGUGGAGUCCGAAUUACUUAACAGCGGCUCUUUAGCAAGAUGGGAAGAUGAAGGACAGGUCUCGGGCCCCAAAGAGGGCACGCAUCGAUAUUUCUUCAAAACUCCAGGCUUGAACAAUUUGAGAAUGAUAGGGACGUUCUCGGACAGUGAGAGUUAUAGUGAAGCCGGAAACAUUGAACUGUCCGUAGCCGAUCUUAAAAGUUCUAAGUCGUGGUGGCAGUCUUAUUGGGACACAGGGGCCUUCAUCGACCUAAGCUCUGUCGACUCCACGACUGGCACUGAGCUUCAGCGACGAAUCAUCUUAUCUCAAUAUCUUUUAGCUGUCAAUUUAGCCUCGUCUCUCCCGCCUCAAGAAUAUGGUCUCGUAAAUAACGGGUGGUACGGGAAAUUUCACAAUCACUUUGAUCUUCUCUGGCGGAGCAUGCCAAAGAUGUACGAACAGUUCCUCAACUCGUCACGCGACAGGGCCAGUCUUCAGGGGUACCAAGGUGCCCGCUGGGGAAAGAUGAGUGAUCCGACCGGUCGUAGCGCCCCUGGAGGAAUUAACUCUCUUCUAAUAUGGCAACAACCGCACCCCAUGUACUUUGCUGAGAUCGAAUACCGCUCGUUUCCCAAUGAAACGACACUUCGAAAAUGGGACGACAUAUUAACAGCGACGGCCUACUUUAUGGUAUCUUUCGCGUGGUACAAUGUCACCACUGGAGUGUACGACUUGGGCCCACCGGUGUAUCCUGUCUCUGAGAAUACAACCCCAAACGCGACUAUCAACCCAAGUUUCGAGCUGGCGUACUGGAGGUUUGGCCUUGAUGUUGCCAUGAGCUGGAAGCAGCGUCAGAUGCAGUCCAUCCCAGAAGAAUGA